AUGACUCGCGCCAGCGCGUGCGGGAGCUCCUGGCUGAGCGUUGAGUCCAGGCGAGUUGCGCUGGCCACUAUCGCUACGCCGAGCCGAGCUGACGCGCCGAGAGCGCAGCGCAUCGUCAAAAGGCAGCUUGUUGCAGGCGUCGCGCGCCUCCCCGAGGUCACGCAGGAAGCUCUCCAUAUGUGUUGCAAUAGACCCCCAAGCCGGUUGUUGCUGCACCGGCUGGACGAAUGCAACGGCGGCGUGGUGGGCGGGAGCGGCGGUGGAGCAGGGGGCGACGGCGAGGUUGCGUCCGGAGCCCGGCGGGUCGAUCUGCAUCGGCUGCACGUCGGCCACGUCGGCUUCUGCCAGCUCUGGCUGCUGGGCGGCGGUCGGCGUGGAGAAUGGCAGUCCUGUUUGGGGCGCAUUUGA